AUGUGGCAGUUAAUAAAUUCGCAUUCGUAUAUGCUUUUACGACAGCGAUUAUCUACGAGCAAGAGGAAUGUAUAUUUAACAAAUAUAAUAAAAAAUAAUCCGUCUAAUGUAGUUAAAAGGUAUAUAUCUGUUGUCAAAACUUCAAAAGAAAAUUGUACAAAGUCCGGCUUGUUACUGCUUUGUAGUCCUUGGAAAUUGUGCACAGGUGUCAGCUUGGGACUUGGUGUUAAAUAUUUCAUAAGUAAUGGAUCUGUAUAUUGUAAGGCGGCACCAAGUAGUAGAAUAGUUCAGAGAAGAGUACAAACUGACAAUGCUAAGUUUGACUGGCAUAAGCUAUUCUCUUAUCUGGGACCUCACAAACUGUUAUUGGUUGCUGCUGUUGCUUCAGCGUUAACAGUGGCAUUCCUAAAUGUGUACAUUCCAAUGAUGUUAGGGGUAAUUGUGAAUGUAUUAGCGAAUUUAAGACAAAAUCCCGGUGCAGACUUUUUAGAAGAAAUCAAAUUGCCUGCUAUUAAACUCUUAUCAUUGUACAUUGGACAGGCAACAUUCACAUUCCUGUAUAUCCAUUUAUUGUCACAAGUAGGUGAGAGGGUUGCCACUCACAUGAAACAGGAUCUCUUUGAGUCCAUACUGAGACAGGACAUAGAAUUUUUUGAUCGAGAAAGGACUGGUGAACUAGUUAAUAGGCUGACUGUUGAUAUCCAAGAUUUCAAAAGUUCCUUCAAACAGACUAUUUCUGGUGGACUUCGAGCAAUAACGCAGAUCGUGGGUUCGGCUGUUAGUUUGCUUGUCAUAUCUCCACACUUAACGGGUCUGACACUCGUCUGUGUACCAUCGGUCGUUAUCGGAGGAACUUUUAUUGGAUCACUUCUUAGGAAGCUGUCCAGGGAGGCCCAGACACAGAUAGAAAAAGCCACACUGGUAGCAGAAGAGGCGAUAUCAAACAUGCGCACGGUCCGCGCGUUUGCGGGCGAAAAGAUGGAAGCGCAAAUGUUCGCGGACGAGAGUAACGCAGCCGCUGAACUUAGUAUGGAACUAGGAUUAGGUAUCGGACUAUUUCAAGCUGGCACCAACUUAUUUUUAAACGGUAUGGUGUUAGGCACGAUGUUCCUCGGAGGUCACCUGAUGUCGACGGGCCAGAUGUCGGCGGGUGACGUCAUGGCGUUCCUCGUCAACGCGCAGACGGUGCAGCGCUCCGUGGCGCAACUGUCGCUGUUGUUCGGCGCCGUCGUCAAAGGUGUCAGCGCUGGUGGAAGAGUUUUUGAGUACAUAAAUAAAGACCCGAAAAUGGAUACAUCCGGCAAGAAAAUCAUCAAAUACCAUGAGUUUCAUGGAGAUAUUGAGUUUAAGGACGUCGAGUUCGCGUACCCUAGCAGGCCAAACGCAGUAGUGUUAAAAAACUUCAACCUAAAAAUCCCAGCGGGCAAAACCGUGGCUAUUGUUGGCACAUCUGGCAAUGGGAAAUCUACGAUAGCUGCUUUGUUAGAGAGGUUCUACGACGUGAACGCGGGUAAAGUGACAAUAGAUGGCGUAGAUAUCAAAGAGUUUAACGCCGAGUGGCUCCGCGGGAGAGCAAUAGGUUUGAUCAGUCAGGAACCCGUACUCUUUGCCACUACUGUGAAGGAGAACAUCAGAUAUGGGCGGCCAGAUGCUAGUGAUGCUGAGGUAUACCAGGCAGCUAAAACAGCGAACGCGCACGAGUUCGUUUUGGGCUUCCCGGAUGGUUACGACACAAUGGUUGGUGAAAGGGGCCUGGCGCUGAGCGGCGGGCAGAAGCAGCGGAUUGCCAUCGCGCGAGCCGUGCUCAAGAACCCGCCCUUACUCAUAUUGGAUGAGGCGACGAGUGCCCUGGACUCGGCCAGCGAGAAAGUAGUACAAACGGCUUUGGAGACAGCCGCCAAGGGACGCACCGUAAUGGUCAUAGCACACAGACUCUCCACUGUCAUGAACGCAGACUUAAUCGUAGUUCUAAAUAAGGGCAACAUUGUUGAGAUGGGAACACAUGAACAGUUGAAGAAAUUAAAAGGUUUUUACUGGAAUCUUAUAAAGCAGCAAGACCAAGACGCCAAAGCUAAGGCUACAGACUCUUAA